UAUAAAGGUUUCCAGACGCUGCCCGGUCAGUCCCCCAUGAUGCCGCGCGGCGUCUUCGUCCUGGGCUUUAUAUUUAUAACACACACGUGCGCUGCUCCAGAAUCAAGAUCAAUAGGUGAUUUCGCAACUAUUAACAUUGGAUCUGAUAAAGAAGAUUACAAAACAGAAAUGGACGAUGUGUUUGAUAAUAUAAUGGAGGAAAUAGCUGCUAACGAUACCGAUGAUGCAGAGCAGAGUUUCAAUGACUUCAUAGAGAAAGAAUAUCGCCGCAUAGUACUCGCUAGGAAAACAUCCAAUGAUCAUAACAGGACAAUAACACAACCAAUACAAAACGUAAGAACGGCUCGUAGACGCAGCGAAGGACGACGUAGGGAGGACAACGGAGGUAAAACAAAUGUCGUAAAAUUGAUAAUAUCGGUAUUUCUUGACCUGUGGGACAGCAUCCAAGGAUCGGAAUAAUGCUGCAUUUACUUUCAGUACUAACAAACCCCUUAUUCAUAGACGUUAUUUAUCUAAGCUUCAUCUUUGCUGUGAUAACAAGUC